CCUCUCUGUGGGCGGGAACGCGAGCGGCACGCGGCAGGGGGAAAACUCCCGGCGCGCGCCGGCCCCGCGUCACUGUGCAACACGGCGAGGUUGAGCCGCGCGAGGUGCCGGACAGCGAACAGCAGCGAACAGCAGCGAACAGCAGCGACCCCGCGCAACACCGCAGCCACAGCAGGACGUCGAGCGUCCUCCACCCGUCGUCGAUUCACCCUCACUCGGCCACUGAGAGCUCGGCUCGGCAGGGAGCCCCGUCCGCGAGGGACUUCAACGCGACCAGGGAGAGGGGGGGGGGAGCCACUGAGCCGACGCUCAGCGGCGCCACCAUGCCGUCUCUGCGGCACUCCUACACGGUGACGGUGCCGGGGGACCCGGCCGCUUUCCCCUUGGACAAACACGACCUGCGCCGCAAGAGCCCUUCGCUGUCCCGGUCCGUGCUGGUGUCCACGUUCAUGGGUCUGAUCAUCAACCAGGCCAAGAACAAGAGCCCUCAAGGCCUGGUGGGGCUGAGGAACCUGGGCAACACGUGUUUCAUGAACUCCAUCCUACAAUGUCUGAGUAACACGCCGGAGCUGAGAGAUUACUGCCUGAGAAACAUCCAUCGCACAGACCUCAACAGCAACUGUACGACUAGCACUGCCCUCAUGGAAGAGUUUGCUAAGCUGACUCAAAGCCUGUGGUCGUCUGUGAACAACGAGGUCAUCAGUCCGUCUGAUUUCAGGAACCAGAUCCAGAGAUACGCUCCCAAAUUUGUGGGUUGCAAUCAGCAGGACGCCCAGGAAUUUCUGCGUUCGUUACUGGAUGGUCUCCACAGUGAAGUGAACCGAGUGACAGUCCGCCCUAAAGUGUCGGUCGAAGACUUUGACCACCUCUCGGAUGAUGAAAAAGGCCAGCGGAUGUGGAACAUGUACUUGGAGAGAGAGGACAGCAAAGUAGUGGAUAUCUUCGUUGGACAGCUGAGAAGCUCCCUGACCUGCACCGUCUGCAGCUUCCGCUCCACUGUGUUUGAGCCAUUCUGGGACCUAUCAGUGCCGGUUGCGCAGAAGAGCUCCGGCGAAGUGACUCUCAAAGACUGUUUGAGACUCUUCACCAAAGAGGAUGUGCUGGAUGGGGACGAGAGACCGACAUGCAACAGGUGCAAAGCCAGGAGGAAAUGCACGAAAAGAUUCAGCAUCCAGAAGUUCCCUCAGAUCCUCGUGCUUCACCUGAAGCGCUUCUCAGACUCUAACGUCCGAGCGAACAAACUCUCCACUUACGUCAACUUUCCCCUCAGAGAGCUGGACCUGCGGGAGUUUGCCUCCGAGAGCAGCGAGCGCGCCGUGUAUAACCUGUACGCAGUAUCCAACCACUCCGGAAAUGCUGUGGGAGGCCAUUACACGGCUUACUGCAGGAACCCAGCACUGGGGGAGUGGUACAGCUACAACGACUCCAGGGUGAGCCCAAUGUCUUCCAGCCAGGUUCGCAGCAGCAACGCCUACGUCCUCUUCUACGAGCUCACCGCUUCCCCGCACAGCAAAUAUCAGACGUGUCGGCUUUAGACGCUGUGGAGGAGUGACAAGCUGCACCACACCAAAAAAAAAAAAAAAAAAAAA